AUGUUGACGAUCGGACUGUUCCCUCAGCAGUGGCUGCAGGCUAAAAGUCUCCGGCUUGUUCGUCAGUCAGAUAUCCCAUCCAUUCUUACCCCGGGCCAGGCCUGUGGCUACACGGAGGACGCCCUGGGUGUGCUCCUCAAGCCCCCCCCCCCCAGGGACACAACCCUGGGGCCAGCCUAUUUCUCUUUUCUGUAGUCAGAAAAGAGUUCUGCACAGAAGUAUAGAGUCCACUUCGGCAACAUGACAGUGAAGGAGGGACCGGGUCCCGGACAAUAUUACCCUGAAAUAAAACUAGAAAUGCACUGUGAGAAUGUGAACCUUCAAAAGGAGCAGAAAGGCAGCAGAGCUGAGCUUAUCAUCCCUCGCUGCCACGAACUGGUGCCCAAGCAAGAAGAAAAGAAGGGAGUUCCUGGUCCGGGCCAUUACUACAUCAGAAGUCAGUUUGAGAAGCCUGCCAAGUCCAGUGGUAACCUGCCAAAGGUCACGUGCCCCUUCCUCUCUCAGACCGAGAUGGGUUCCGGGUCCUAUAAUAUGUCCGAGCAUGGUUUAGCCCCUGAGAGUUUUAAAAAGGCAGUUUUAGAAAGAACCAGGAUGGGAGGCGUUGGCUCCACUGCUCAACGCAAUUCCCUCUUCCACAACAAAGAAUCGACAGAGACCCCGAGUCCAGGACAAUAUGAGACAGAAAAGAAGACAGUGGAGCGCUACAAAAAACAGCAAACGGCGGUUUUCAAAUCAGCCACAGAACGUCUGGCCCUGCUGGCUAAAGAUAUCCCUCCACCCAACAGUUACAACGUGAGUCAGACAUUUGAAAAGGCUAAUGGCCGCUCUUACUUAGAACCUCAAAAUGAAGCAGCUAAGCGACGACAGAGCUGCUUCCUCUCUGCUGCGCCACGGGAUAAUUUCUUCCUGCAAUGUGACCCCACUUGUGAAAUCUUUCCCACAUCGAGAGAACAUCGAUUCAAAGUGGACACAAACCCUGGACCAGGUGCUUAUCAGCUGAGUCCAGGCAUCAUGAACACAGUACUGAAGGGCACCUUCAAUGUGACGCUUAACAGCCCUCUGGGUCACUGCUGUUCCCCCCGUGUGGCCCCUGGCCCUUUAACGGCCCACAAGACCGCCAACACCUUCAUCGCCACCAGCACUUCUUAG